UCAGAGAGAGAGAAACCAAACAAAACGGUUACUAAUUUGCGGGUUAACUCAGCAAAACGAACUGCCCCCAAAACCAAACAAUUUCCGAUCUCGGAUCCAUGAGCGGAGGCGAGGGCAGCUCGGGGCACUCUGCCGCCGGAGACGCGGCGCCGCCGCCCCCGCCGCCGGCCGACAUAGAGAAGAAGAAAGAGAAGGCGCGCGUGAGCCGGACGUCGCUGAUUCUGUGGCACGCGCACCAGAACGACACCGCGGCGGUGCGGAAGCUGCUCGAGGAGGAUCCGUCGCUGGUGGCCGCUAGAGACUACGACCACCGCACGCCGCUGCACGUGGCGGCGCUCCACGGCUGGAUCGACGUCGCCAAGUGUCUUAUUGAGUUCAAAGCAGAUGUCAACGCUCAGGAUCGCUGGAAAAACACUCCUCUAGCUGAUGCUGAAGGAGCAAAAAGAUCUGUCAUGAUUGAAUUAUUGAAAUCCCAUGGUGGAGAAUCUUAUGGCCAGAAUGGAAGUCAUUUUGAACCAAGACCUGUAGCACCCCCUCUGCCCAACAAGUGUGACUGGGAGAUAGACCCUGGAGAGCUGGACUUCUCUAACUCAACUCUUGUAGGGAAGGGUUCUUUUGGUGAGAUACUAAAAGCUAGUUGGCGGGGAACACCAGUAGCUGUCAAGCGAAUUCUUCCGAGCCUUUCAGAUGACAGAUUAGUGAUUCAGGACUUCAGACAUGAGGUCAAUUUGCUGGUGAAGCUUCGUCAUCCAAAUAUUGUCCAGUUUCUAGGUGCUGUUACUGACAAGAAGCCCUUAAUGUUAGUGACAGAGUACUUGAGAGGGGGUGAUCUGCAUCAACAUCUAAAGGGAAAAGGGGCCUUGAAUCCAUCAACUGCAAUCAAUUUUGCAAUGGAUAUUGCCAGAGGCAUGGCGUAUCUCCACAGUGAGCCAAAUGUUAUAAUACACAGAGAUCUUAAACCGAGGAAUGUUCUACUUGUCAAUAGCAGUGCCGACCAUCUAAAAGUGGGAGAUUUUGGGUUAAGCAAGCUCAUCAGGGUAAAACAUUCUCAUGAUGUUUACAAGAUGACCGGCGAGACUGGAAGCUACCGUUACAUGGCGCCUGAAGUCUUCAAGCAUAGGAAAUAUGACAAGAAAGUCGAUGUUUUUUCUUUCGGGAUGAUCUUAUAUGAGAUGCUCGAGGGAGACCCUCCGUUGUCGCAUUAUGAACCAUACGAAGCAGCUAGAUAUGUAGCAGAAGGACACAGGCCAAUAUUUAGGUCAACAAAAGUUAUCCCUGAACUAAAAGAGUUGACUGCUCAGUGCUGGUCUGCAGACAUGAACCAGAGGCCACCUUUCUUGGAGAUUUUGAAGACUCUUGAAAAGAUAAAGGAAGCAGUACCCCCUGAUAAUCACUGGCACCUAUUCGCGUCGUGAAGCACCAAAUCUCUGUCCAUUCGCCCGUGGACGUCGUUGCUGGACCAAGUCUAAGCUAGGUUCCUUGUCUCUAAAGAUGAAUGUUGCAAGUUCAAAAACAUACCAUCCCUUCUGUGCUAAACUGUCGGAAUACAAACGCGUUUCUUGCUCGACAAAAUUGUGCAGCAAGAAUGAGUUUAAAUAAGCUUCUUCUUUUGGAAGAAUGACUUCAAAUGCCAGAGCUGCAGCCCUGUGACAGAUAAGGAAACAAGAAGAGACAGAAAACUCAACCAAGCCAUUUUGGAGUUGGUAGAUAUAUUUAGCUGCUGCAUUUCUCUUUCCCUGUGUACACAACAACUAGUAUUAAUUCAACAUAUCACCUCAACUCUGUGUUGUUUGAGACCAGAA